AUGAGACACACAAGUGGUAAAAAGGAUGAAGGAAGCGAGACAGACCUGGAUGUAUUUUGGAAUGAACCGGUUGACCAGGAUCCUGCAAAUCCCAUGAAUUGGAGCUCAGCUCGAAAAUGGACUAUUGUCGCAACCGUCUCAUUCAUUACAUUUUUGACUCCCCUCGCUUCAUCCAUGUUUGCACCCGGCGUACCCCAGGUGAUGGCGGACUUUAAUAGCAGUUCAACGCUCCUCGCUACCUUUAUUGUCUCCGUUUAUAUUCUCGGAUUCGCCUUUGGGCCUUUGAUAGUUGCCCCGCUGAGCGAGUAUAGUGGUCGCGUGGUGGUUUAUAAUGCAUGCAACGUGCUCUUCUUGAUAUUCAAUAUUGCCAGCGCUGUGGCUCCAAAUUUGACCUCGUUGGUCAUUUUUCGAUUUUUAGAUGGCGUCGCAGGCGUCACACCAACAACCAUUGGGAGUGGAACGAUUGCUGAUAUUAUUCCCACGGAGAGCCGCGGUCGAGCGAUGGCGCUUUGGUCUUUGGGACCUCUCUUUGGGCCUAUCAUUGGUCCCGUGGUUGGCGGAUACUUGGUUGAGGCCACAAGCUGGCGAUGGGUUUUCUGGGUUCUUGCUAUUGUUGGAGGAAUCUCUGCGAUUGCCUUCUUUUUCAUCGUUCCUGAAACCCAUGCACCGACUAUCCUAGCACGGAAAGCAGCACGCUUGCGAAAAGAGACAGGAAACAUGGGAUACAAAUCUCGCUUAGACGAUGGAAUUCCGGCCAAACAAAGAUUUUUGCAAAGUCUUGUUCGUCCAUCAAAAAUGUUGCUCCUUUCACCAAUUGUUGCUUCCAUGUGCAUCUAUAUCGCAGUUCUCUACGGUCUUCUCUAUAUUCUUUUUACAACGUUCACUGAGGUGUUCGAAGGGCAAUAUGGAUUCUCCUCGGCCACAAGCGGUCUCUCUUUUCUAGGAAGUGGAGUUGGUAUGCUACUUGGUCUGUUAUACGCAGGAGUUCUGAGCGAUCGUAUGAUCAAGUUGAGGAUCAAACGCAAUGAACAGCCCCAGCCGGAGGAUCGACUUCCUUGGUAUAUUGUCUUGCCUGGAUCUCUGAGCAUUCCUGCUGGGCUGUUCAUAUACGGCUGGGGCACUGACAAACAUGUUCAUUGGAUUGUUCCCGAGAUUGGCAAUGCGGUAACAGGAUAUGGCAUGAUCAUUACUCUUAUGGGAAUCCAGACAUAUCUAGUUGAUGCUUUCACAAAACAUGCUGCAAGUGCAAUUGCGGCCUGCACUGUUCUACGGAGCUUAGCUGGAGGUCUUUUGCCCCUGUGUGGAUUGAAACUCUAUGACAAGUUGGGCCUGGGAUGGGGUAAUACCCUGUUAGCUUUUCUUGCAUUGGCCAUGUCACCUAUUCCUAUUCUGUUUCAAUACUUUGGAGCACAACUGAGGGCUCGGUCAAAACCUUUGAAUUAG